GCCUGUUCUUCCGGGAGUUAACUUAGUGGCGGGAAAAGUAACCGGUGGUAGUUCGUAGUUGUCAUCGUCUGACUGAACAGCUGUGUGGCCCGGCCAGAAUGGAGACGCAGUCUGAGGAGCUAGCCGCCGCGGAAGCCGCACCCGCGGACUCCGGAGAGGAAGCGGGGUCGCGCCCGGCGGACUCCAGAGAGGAAGCGGGGUCGCGCCCGGAGGACUGCGUGGGCCUGCUGCUCAGACUGAUGUCACAAACAAAACAGCAACUCUUGGAAUAUAAGUCAAUGGUUGAUGCAAAUGAAGAUAAAACUCUGGAGCCAGAAGAAAUCAUGCAAGAAAAGCAAAUUGAAGCUAAAAUUGAAGGCCUGGAAAAUGAAAUUGAAGAGGUAAAAAUUGAUUUUGAAAUGAAAAAGCUUGCACUGGACAGGAUGCAGCUUUCAACUGCAUUUAAAAACUACCUGGAGAAAACUGACAUCAAGACUAGUAUACUUGUGGGAAACAUGAAACAAAUAUUGAAGCUAAAUAAGUUAAUAAUGAAAUUUCAGCAGGAAUCUUGGGAUUUGGAGGAAAAAUUGCUUGAGGUUAAAAAGAAGAGAUUGGAAUUAAAACAAGCUUCAGAAACUAAGUUUUCAGAAAUACAGACUGAAAAGAACAAAAAGAAAAAUGAUUUGGACAGAAUGGAAGAAUCAGACACUAUAAAAACCAUACAACAAAAUCUACAGGUGGAAAUACAAAUUACUACAGUUAUUCAACAUGUGUUCCAGAACCUGAUUUUGGGGAGUAAAGUCAAUUGGGCAGAAAAUUCUAGCCUUAAGGAAACUGUUCUGCAGCUUGAGAAGAAUUUUACUAUGAACUAACAACAGUGCUAUUUUCACAAUUUUUGGUUUUGUCUUUGAUAUAUUAUUUAAAUAUCAUUUUACAAAUAUAUUUUAAAAUGUUUUUAAAACUAUUUUAACCAUA